AUGCUGUGCUUUGCCACCAAAAGAGCUCGAUACAUCACCUUAAGUGUGAGUGUGAUCAUCUGUCUAUUUAUUUUCUCUCGACCUUCUGUACAAAGACAUAUCUUUGGAGCAUGUGCAUGUGGUCAGUGUGUGAUAGACCUUGCUCGUGACACCUGGUUCCAACAGCGAUAUGACCCCUACACUCAACCCUUACUGACUAAGAAAAACAGCAUACUCAGCGCUGCCCUCUAUUGGUGGUGGCAACUACAAUAUAAGAGUAAAGUGAACUACAAAGCAGUAGCUGAGAUGUUAUUUGGCAUCUUCCCAAAUGAAGAAGAUUACUCUGAUGCUGGUCCAGGCCGCUGCAGAACCUGUGCUGUAGUGGGGAAUUCUGGGAACCUCAAAGGAUCCCAUUAUGGUGCUCUCAUUGAUGCCCAUGAUCUUGUCAUUAGGAUUAAUAAGGGCCCAACAAAGGGUUUUGAACGGGAUGUGGGAUUUAAGACCACUCACCGUAUCAUCUACCCCGAGAGCGCUGUGGACAUGGAUAACUCCACUCAUAUGGUGCUGAUUCCUUUCAAGACUCUGGAUCUGCAGUGGCUCAUCAGUGUCUUUACUACCAAACACAUUGAUCGAACCUACGUUCCAGUAAAACCCAUUAUAAAAGCAAACAGGGACAAGGUGAUGAUCCUCCAUCCUGGUUUUCUGAAAUAUAUUCAAGAGCGCUGGCUGCAGAAACAUGGCAGAUAUCCAUCCACUGGUUUUAUUACACUCAUAUUUGCCUUGCACAUCUGUGACCAGGUGAGUGUAUUUGGGUUUGGAGCAGAUGAAAAUGGAAACUGGCAUCAUUACUUUGAACAAAAUAAGCAUCAUCGUAAUGCUGGCAAUCACGGAGGAAGCUAUGAAUAUCAUAUUGCACUUAAGCUUCAUGAGAAAAAAGGAAUUCGGUUGUAUAAAGGAUGGUGAUUGCAGUAAAUUUCACAUUUAUUAAGUAUUCUUAAUGUUAUGUAUGGUCAAGACAUUUUUUAAUAAGGUCAUCAUGAACAAAUCAAAGGCUAUUUACAGGCAGUACGCUCAGUACUCAGUACCAGAUAUAUAUUUAUGCAUUUACAAAACACACUGAUCUAGAGUCAUGUUCUUACAUGAGAUUGCUGUCAUUACCAGAUGGCAUGCAUGUGAUUCUGAGUAGUUAUAAACAAUGAAUAGGUAUGUAACAGCUAUUAUUACCAAUGGAGGGAAAGAUGAGGAAUAUUUGUGUUAUGAUGUGUCUUUGUUAAAUGUGAUGGGUGUGAAGAUUGGAACAUAAUCUUCUGUUGACUUCUAGUGGAUUAUUUGGACCAUAAAAUGCUAUCAAGUGAGGUUAUUAGGCAUUUGGUAGUUGGAUACAGAGGAUGUGUCACAGUACUGGGUUUUCAAUUGAAUGUUGGAUGUAUGGAUGCCAGUCGAUUAGCAGCCUUAUUAUAGGAACCAGCUGAGGAAAACAUAGAAGUAAAAAUGGCUGGUAGUAGAAGGACAGUCUUACUUUUCUGAAGGAAGGAUCCAAAUGUCUGUACUGUGGCUAUUACAUAGGGUAAAAUAACAUGGUAUAAUCCAUUGUACUACUGAAACUUUUGGUUCUGACACGGUGAAAGAGAAAACCCAAGUACAGUAAGCAGACAUUCUCUUUAUACUACAGUACAAUUUACAGUAAAUUUAUUACAGGAGCUACCACUCUUGCCACAUCCACAACUUGUUAUUAAACACCAUUAUUACCUAUUUACAUACAAACUAAAUGUAUUUAAACCACUCUUUGUCAGUUUCAUUUUGCUAAAGUCUUGUAUAUCUUAACACUGCAACUAUGAGUGCUGAUCUUUUCUUGCUUUUCUUUAGUCUCUUCCUUUUGUCUGCUGUUUCUGGAUUUGCCUUUGAUCUACAUUUUACUGCUUCGUCAUGUUACUGCCUUUUUGUUAUUGUUGAUGAGUACUGUUGUUAAUAAACUCUGCUUAUUGAUCCAACAAUUCCACCCACCAUUUGUUUACAGAAUACUCUGCCAGAGCCGGUGUUAUGAGGUUUUCGGUUUCUGAGAUUUUCAGUGUCAGUGGGCAGAGCUUACAUGAAUAUUCAUGAGUUUCCCUGGCAUACGUGUGGAACUGAGAAUUUUAGUUCAUGCUCCUUGUUUCUCAGCAGGUUUAAUGGAUUAUUAAAAAAAAAAAUGCAGACAUUCACCUCAUUUAAUGCUGGGAUAAGCAAACUUCAACUAGUCGUAUACACUAAUUUCAUUUCGUUGUGCUUUAUCUUUGUACAUUGAGAUGCUUUAAAACUGUAUUUAAUUAGUUGUUAUCAUCAUUUGUUGAAUACAUCACUGCCCAUAACUACUGAAAUAAACCUGUAUAAAUGUA